ACGUGUGCAUGAUUUCCGGAAUGAGUUCCAGCUCGGCUCACCCCUCAAGUUGAUCUUACCAGCAAUGACGAAACCCGGCAGCCUAAGGGACCCAUUCUUGUCAUGCACGACACCUCCACAUGGUGGUGGAUAAAUGACAUUUCUGCUAUAUAAAUGACUUCUGCUCCUCCAUUCGACCAGCCCCUCCGAAUCGCAUUCACUGGGCUCUUGUCUACUCGCUCGAUCAUGUCGACGCCUACUUUGACCCUUUACACUGCUCCGACCCCUAACGGCCACAAAGUCUCCAUAGCUCUUGAGGCUCUCAAAGAAUUGUACCCCGAUGAAGGACUGAGCUACGAUUUCAAAAAACUGGACUUCAGCAAACUGGAACAGAAAGAACCAUGGUACCUUCAAAUAAACCCGAAUGGUCGAAUUCCGGCAGUGACCCACCACUGCCCAGAUGGAUCGCACUUUAACGUUUUCGAAACAGCCGCCAUACUUCUUUAUCUCGUUCAGCGAUGGGAUCCAAAGAGAAAGAUUAGUUUUGAGAUCGGAUCAGAUGAGGAAUCUGAAGCUCUUCAGUGGAUAUUCUUUUCUCAUGGUGGUGUUGGUCCGAUGCAAGGUUCGUCAAGUCUGGAGAUCGUCGAGAUUUCGUUAUAAUUAGAUCCUCUGGCACGAUAACAGGUCAAGCGAAUCACUUCUAUCGCUAUGCACCUGAAAAAAUCCCCUAUGGUAUAAACCGU